AUGGUCUCCGACUAUAAGCCUUGCUUUGGCAACAGGCGAACGAAUUGUCGGCAAAAUGUCGCUACGUUGGUCAAAAGCGAGACGGACGUGUCUGGGAUUGACGGCCCUCGUGGAUGGACAUCCCUUCACACUGCCGCUUCCCAAGGCCGUGACAAAACCGUGAAGCUGCUGAUCGAAUCCGGCGCCGACGUCAAAAUUGCCACCGCCGAUGGUGUGACGGCUCUUCAUGCCGCGGCUGCCAGUGGCUCGCUUCCAACCAUGCAGCUGCUGCUGACUGCCGGGGCCAACAUGUCGGCCAUUAAUUUUGACUUGGAAACGCCUCUGCACGUCGCAAUCCAUUUCCUGCACCAAAGCGCUGCAAGGCUUCUUAUUGAUGCCGGAGCUAACGUCUCAGCAGCAAACGCUUAUGGACAAACUGCAUUGCACGGGGCGGCUUCCAGAGGUCUGGACGACAUCGCGCGUCUUCUGGUCGACGCGGGCGCUGAUAUUAACGCUUUGGAUAACAACCUUGAAACACCAGUUUAUUGUUCCAUUGCUAGCGAAUCAGUUCGCAUAUUUCACAUGUUCCUCGAGAGUGGCAAAGUGGACUACACCCCGGGAGGGGGUCCGCUACUUGUAAGAGCAGCCGAGGGCGAGGGCGACUUCUUGCUACCACUCCUCCACUCUGGAGCACAGGUGUCCGACAUUUCACCUGGGGGCGAGACAGCGCUCCAUCGUGGAGCCGCCUGGGGCACCGCAGGGGGUGUACAGGUGCUUCUGGACGCGGGAGCAGAUCCAAUGGCAAUCAACGAUGCAUGGGAAUCACCAAUGCACCUGGCUAGGUCGGAAGACGUGGCGUUGUUGCUCCUCAAAACGGGGAUCAGAAUUUCUGGCUUGAGAGACGCAAGUAAAAUCUUGCUUGAUGCUGCAUCCCGCGGAUGGGCGACCUUUGCACCGCUGUUUUUCGAGGAGGGGUUCGUCGUCUCGGAAGCAAACAAGCAGGGCGAAACAAUACUGCACCUUGCUGCCGCGGCAGGCUCAGAAUCAUUGACCCAAUGGUCUCUAGAUGCCGGUGCGAAUUUGUCCAGUGUUACUAUCGCGCACGACACCGCUUUGCACAAGGCUGCAAUGAGCGGCUCUGUGCCGGUUACGCGCCUGCUCCUCACCGCAGGGGCCGAGGUUUCGGCCGCGAAUGCGAACGGGGAGACCCCAUUGCAUUAUGCCACGCUCGCAGGAUCCGAUGCAGUGGCUCGCGUACUUCUGGAAGCGGCAGCUGACGUUAAUGCACGAUCAGUCGACGAUAGUACAGCUCUCCAUCUAGCCUCUAUGCGUUGGUCCAUGGGCAUCAGUUCCCUGCUCCUGGAAGCUGGGCUUCUGAUGAACAUGCACUGCAAUGAGGCUGUCCCCGUAGAUUUUGAGACGACCUAUAAAACCGCUGCUGCCAUCCGACGACUGAUUAGCCAUGGAGCUGAUGUAUCGGCCACGAAUUCAGACGGCGAGACACCUUUCCACAUUGCCCUCGGGUCCGGCAUAAAGCAGGAAAGGAACACUCUUCUUCCUGAUGCGCCAUUGUGGCGCGUCAGCGGGGCGGGUGAGCAGUUCAAAGCCAUAAGCCAAGAGUUUUUGGAUGCCGGAGCCGACCUCUCCGUUCCUACCAAGGACGGUGACACGGUCUUGCAUUUGGCGGCACUGGGAGGAUGGCUCGAAGCGAUGCAGCUGCUCAUUGAUGCUGGGGCAGAGGUGGCGGCAACAAAUUCAAGAGGAGAAUCCGUCUUGCAUUAUGCAGCGCUUUCAAACUCAAUGGCAGCGGCGAAGCUGAUCUUGGACUGUGGCGCAGACGCUUCGGUAAAGGCAGAGGACGGCCGGACAGCUCGAGAGUUUCUGCAAGCAGAAGGUUGGGACCCGGAGCUAAGGGCGCUCCUUUCCCACGAGCUUGAGCUGUGA